UCUGGGUCAACACAUCCAGGCGUGAGUGUUCUGGACUAGGUCUCUGGCGUGUGCCUUGGCCCUCCCUCUCCCUCAGAGGGCGGAGCCUGCGCUUCCGUGAAGUGGAGCCCGCCCAGUGCUGACGUUGGCAGCCGAACCCGAAGUAGUUCGAGGGUGCAGGCUGCACCGCCCGGUUGUUGCGUUGCGCUUCCUUCCUCUUUAGCUCCACGCUCUCGGCGACUGCCCCAGCAGCGGUGGCGGCGGGAGAACGGCCCGGCGGCCUGCUUUGUUACUUCCGCGCACCCGGCCUAUCGGUCUGGCGGCCGCAGUCGAUUGACCCGCGUCCGCUUAGCGCUCAACCCUUGCGCGCACCGCGCCCAGGCCCAGUGGCCGGAGCUCGCUCUUCUCCUGAGAGCCGCCUCUGUCCGGCGGCGGCGAGCCUCGCAGCGGUCCGAGGGAAGGCGAGCGAUCGAGCGAGUUUAAGGGGUGGUGGGGUCUAGUGGUGGCGCCGCGAAGAUGGUCGCUAAGCAGCGGAUCCGUAUGGCCAACGAGAAGCACAGCAAGAACAUCACCCAGCGCGGCAACGUCGCCAAGACCUCGAGAAAUGCCCCCGAAGAGAAGGCAUCUGUAGGACCCUGGUUGUUAGCGCUCUUCAUUUUUGUUGUUUGUGGCUCUGCAAUUUUCCAGAUUAUUCAAAGUAUCAGGAUGGGCAUGUGAAGUGACUGACCUUAAGAUGUUUCCAUUUUCCUGUGAAUUUUAACUUGAACUCAUUCCUGAUGUUUGAUAUCCUGGUUAAAAACAAUUCAGUAAAGCAUCCUGCCUCAGAAUGACUUUUCAUAUCAUCCUUCAUGUGUCAUUCCAAGGUUUCUUCAUCAGUCAUUCCGAGUUUUCUAGUCCAUACCACAGUGCCUUGCAAAAGCACCACAUGAAUAAAGCAAUAAAAUUUGAUUGUUAAGCUUCAGUAGUGGGCCCUACUUAUUCAGUCAGUAAGGAGUAAGUUUUUCUAUGUGAUUGUUCAAAACAGGAUAGAUAAUUAGAUCAAAUCUGUAGACGGGGUCUAGAUUUUGUUAACCCUAAUGUGUCUAUGUAAUUAGCUUAAUUUAAAAUUUGGAAUCUGUGGUUUUUAUAAAGGUAGGCACUUUAUUACUAUCUCUUGAAUUGAAAGCACAUUCCCGUAUAGGGUCAAGUAAUUAUCCUAUAAUAAGGUGCUUAUAAAUGGAACAGCUGCACAGCCUAGUUUCACCACCACCUUUAGCACCUGAAAAAUUUUUAAGACGCUUGUAAAGGCCUAAUAUGAAGGGAGAGGCUUAUAGCCACAACAUCUAUUUUAACAAUAGUCUUUCUAUUAUACUACCUUGGAUUUUGCAUGAGUGAAUAUACUAACCUAAGAUGCCAUAAAAAAAAAAAAAGUAUUUUAUAACUUGGUCAUUGCAGUUUCACUAAAAGCUACUAUGGAGCCAAGUCAGGGAAGGUUGUUUAUGUCAGCAUUGAUUUCACUAGAAUUAUUUUAAUAU